AUGAGUCACAUGUUCAGAGUGGUUGCUGCCAUUAGACGAGAAGACAGUGGCAACCACUCCAAGGUGCAUCUCAUAGUGAAGUGCCGCGAUCAGCAAGGACAAUUGCAGGAGCUGGUCGAGGAAACCAGCGUCUUCGAGAUGGAAGCCCUGCUGCUGUCCGAGGUGAUGCCACUGGUGCACGGCGCUCUCAGGGCUGUGGAAGGGGCAGCGUUCGGGCCUCUGGCCGCGCGCUGCUACUGGUCCGGGAGGCGGCCCUCGCAGUUCCUGGUGAUGGAGGACCUGUCAGAGGCCGGCUUCACGCUGGCCGCGGCGGGCCACCAGCUGGACUACCCCCACUGCCUCGCCGCGCUGCGAGCCUACGCGCGUCUGUACGCGGCCUCGGCCAAAUUCCACGAGGACCACCCUCGCUACAAGGUGGUACGCGACCCGAGCAAGUCGGCAGAUGAGCGCCAGAUGCAGCUCUUCAAGGAGAUGUGUGACAAAGUGUUCAGCGCCGUCGCAAACGCUUUGAAGCGCUGUUCGGGGUACGAGGGGUACGCCGAAAAAUUUACACGCGUAUCUGACAAGGUCGUCGAGGGAACGAACAAAUUUUGGACGUCUAAGGACGUAUUGCUACCCGUUAUUCUGCACGUCGACUGUUGGAAAAACAAUUUCAUGUUCAAAUACGUGAACGGAACAGUGGCUGACGUAAGGGUUGUAGAUUUCCAGUUUAGCAAAGUGCACAGCCCGGCCGCCGACGUGCAGUGUUUCCUGAACGCCAACGCCAGCGAGCAGCUGCACGGCCAGCACUUUGACAGCCUGGUGGUGGAGUACCACGACGCGCUGCAGCGCACAAUGCAAGCCCUGGGAUUGCACCAGCAGGCGGACGCCUACCCGCUGAGGCAGCUGAGGGCCGACAUGGACCGGGCCGCGGUGCUGGGACUGUUCAACUGUGCGCUGCGCGGACUCAACCUGGGCACGGAGAGCCACUCCGACCAGGCUGAAAAGUGUGGUGUUAUGGAGAGUAAGACCGCCAAUGACGAGUAUUGGCCAUCAUGGCUGGACAAGAGCUUCAUUGUGAACGCGCUGAAGAACGAAGAUCCCGACACAGACGAGUCCAAAGUGGAGGUAGUUUUGAGGGAAAAAGUGGAGGGAGGCUACCUAAGCGAGACCUUCCGAGUGGUCGUGCGGUCAUAUAGCGGCAAUAGAGCUGCUUCGGAGACGUCACUGAUCGUGAAGGCCGCGCCGAACGUGGGUGGCACGAUCCAGGACGUGAUAAACAGUGGCGUGUACACCAAAGAAGAGGUUGCCUACGGUCACUUCCUCCCCGCAGUGAACUCAGCGUUGAAGAAGGCCGAAGGCUCCAAGUGGCAGACGCUGGGACCCAAACUCUACGCGCUGGGGUCGCAGCCCGUCAGUUUCUUCGUCAUGGAGGACCUGGACGCUGCGGGUUUCCGCAAAGAAAAGAUAGGCUUGGACCUGAACUUGUCACAGUGCCGAACCGUCAUGCACAGCAUCGCCAGGAUGCACGGCGCCUCGCUUAAGGUGCUCAAUGACUGGCAGUACGCCAACAAGGUCUUCAGGCAGUCACUCAUCUUCAACGACAUGAUGCUUGAGCACCAAGAGAGAGGAGAAGAGAACUUCAGCAAGUUUUUACAGGCCUUGGACAACUACUCGUGGUUCCACAAAUACACCGACAAGAUCCGCGCCUUCACUAGCAACUUAUAUGAGAAGUCAGUCGAGUUGGUUAAACAGUGUCACGUCGACUUCAAGGUCAUGUUGCACGGUGACCUACACAAGAACAAUAUGGUGUUCCGUGCCGUAGGGGAUGACAUGCAAGUGCGCUUUUUUGACUUUCAGGGCCUGCACAUCGGAUCUCCAGCGGAGGACUUGCAGUACUUCCUGCACACGAGCGCCAGCCCGGAGGUGCUGCAGCAGCACACGGACCUGCUGCUGUCCGAGUACCACAGCACGCUGCAGCAAACGCUGCGAGCCCUGGGGCUCCAGCAGCAGGCGGACGCCUACCCGCUGGAGCAGCUGCGCCGGGACAUGGACCACUUUGCGCUGAUCGCUGUCUUCAUCACUUUCGGCGUGCUGCCGUUUAUUGUCUGCACGAACCAAAAAGAUGUACCAACAGACAUUACAGCUGAAGAUUACGACGAAAGGCUCGAGAGAUUUCGUCAGAAGACCUGCAAGAAUAAGAAGUUUCUAAAACAUGUUGAAUAUCUCGUUCGUACUUUCGACUCUAGGGGACUUUUAGAGACUCAAGUUGCAUGA